AUUUUUAAAGAUGGCUGCUAAAUUAGUUCUCUAGGGCCCAUUCGCUGGUCACUAAGUCUAGAAAUCUACUCUAGCUAGAUAGUGUAGUUACAAUUGAUUGCAGAAAAAAGACACCAUUAAAUUUAUUGGCCUGCUAAAACAUGGCAACAAAUGGAACUGCUGCCUCGUCUGUUUCUCAAGGCACUCAAGCUGGUUUAACUAUAAAUGAUUUAAUAAAGUCAGGAAAAUACAAGAAAGUGAUCAUUGAUUCUCAACCACACAACUCUGGGGAUGCAACUACAGUACAGAAAGGCAAUGUGAGUGUGGUAGGAAAUUCACCCAAGGAAUGUGGACCAGGUGUUAUCAGGUUAAAAAUUGUAAAUACAUCAAAGGAAGGUCAAAAAGUUGUGGGGACUGGGAGUUUAAAUUUGCCAGGAAAUUCACCCAAGGAUGGUCAAAAAGUUGUGGGAACUGGGAGUUUAAAUUUGCCAGGAAAUUUAUCUAAGGAUGGUCAAAAAGUAGUGGGGACUGUUAGUUUAAAUUUGCCAGGAAAUUCAUCUAAGAAUGGUCAAAAAGUUGUGGGAACUUCGAGUUUAAAUUUGCCAGGAAAUUCAUCCAAGGAUGGUCAAAAAGUUGUGGGGGCUGGGAGUUCAAAUUUGCCAGGAAAUUCAUCCAAGGACUGUCAAACAGAUGAUAGCAGCGUGAAGUUUUUAAUAGAAUCAUUAACAAAAUAUCAAUCUGAUACUUACGUGAAUUUGACUGGAAGUUUGUCUAAACAAAGCGAACCUGCUGAUAGCAAAAUGAAUUUGACAGGAAAUUUAUCUAAUAAACGUCCAACUGCUGCUGGCAAAGUGAACACCAAAGGAAAUUCAACAAAGAAACGUCAAACUGCUCGUCAACGUCGGAUUAAAAAAAGACCACAGAAGAAAACUGUGGGGAAAAAGCGUGGUCCCUAUCGCACAUUUUACCGCAAAAAGUUUGAACAAGAUGGCUUUCACCAGGCUUCAUUAAUAAGGCAAUAUGCUGCUUCUAUGGAAAAAUUAACAGUGGAUAUUGAGUCAGAAGGUGAUAGCGGUCGCAAGAAAGCAGCUGGGAAACAGAAAAGAGCCAGUAAGUGUAUUAUAAACCCUUGUGAUGUUUUUGAUGAAGAGACAAUACGCAAUCAGAAGUGGUGUUUUACAUCACUGGCGCAAGCUGUGAUUAGUGUUGAGGCGGCCAUGGUUUGGCUAGCACAGCGGAGGCUGAUCUCCAAUACCCACCUGUGCGACCUCUGCUGGUGUCCGUGUCAGCUUGAGUCGUAUCCGAGUGGUAUGGAUUUAAAACGUUGGUGCUGUACGAAAUGUGAGCGCAGGAAGGCGUUAAGAGAUGGGUCAUUUUUCAGGGGGUACCAUUUGCCGUUACCUCAGAUUGUUCUUUUGAUUUACCUUUUUGCCAAUAAUUUCCCUACACGGAUAAUUUGUACAGAGCUGGGCCUUGACCAUCCGAAAACAGCGUGUGAAUGGCUCGGUUCCUUUCAUAAAGACAUUGAACGUUACCUUGCCGAAAAUAAAACAGAAAUCGGUGGCAUUAAUACUAAAGAUGAGCCUAUUAUUGUUGAAUUAGAUGUGACAACUCAUUUUAAAGAGAAAUAUAAUCCAGAUUCUGCAAACAAAGGGGAAUGUGUACUAGGUGGUGUUGAGCGCAUUUCAAAAAAAAGCUUUUAUGUUGAGCUUCCUGACAGCAAUGAGGAAACCUUAGCAAAUGCCAUUUUUGAUCAUGUGUUACCAGGGUCUAUCGUCAUGACAAGAACCCAAAAACCAUUUGGGAAUUUAACUAAAAUAAGCACUGGUAUACUGCAGCACAUAACCGAGGAAAAGAUGGGCCCAGGUUUGGAGAAUGAAAUUAAUACCAGAACUAUGCACAGUUUGUGGCGCACUGUUAAGAAAAGGAUACAACGCAAUGCUUAUGCACGUAAAACGUUUUCUUACAUGCAGUAUCUCCGGCUUUACGAACUCCAAUCACGUUAUAAGAGCAAAAACGCGUUUGGUGAGUUUCUGUUGGUUUUAGCUGAGCUUUACCCUGCCCAGUAAGGGUAUGGUUCAAGUUUGGAUAGGAGUUUCUGUUGGUUUUAGCUGAGCUUUACCCUGCUCAGUAAAGGUAUGGUUCAAAUUUGGAUAGGAGUUUCUGUUGGUUUUAGCUGAGCUUUACCCUGCCCAGUAAGGGUAUGGUUCAAGUUUGGAUAGGAGUUUCUGUUGGUUUUAGCUGAGCUUUACCCUGCUCAGUAAAGGUAUGGUUCAAAUUUGGAUAGGAGUUUCUGUUGGUUUUAGCUGAGCUUUACCCUGCCCAGUAAGGGUAUGGUUCAAGUUUGGAUAGGAGUUUCUGUUGGUUUUAGCUGAGCUUUACCCUGCUCAGUAAAGGUAUGGUUCAAAUUUGGAUAGGAGUUUCUGUUGGUUUUAGCUGAGCUUUACCAUGCCCAGUAAGGGUAUGAUGCAAAUUUGGAUAGAAGUUUCUGUUGGUUAGAGCUGAGCUUUACCCUGCCCAGUAAGUGUAUGGUACAAGUUUGGAUAGAUGUGAACAUAUAAAUGGUGCAGCACAAACAAUACAUUAUUCUGCUUAAUUGUACACAGUUUUAAACUGUUGGUUAUUUUAAUUUUUUUUACUUCUGGACUGUUUCAUGACUCAUAGUGUUACAUUCUACAAAAUUUAUGCUGAACUUAGUCAUGCAAGGCUGUUGUUUAUUUUUCUACCACUUAUUAAUACUAACCCUAUGUUGGAUAAAUAAUGAGUUUUACCAAUAUCUUGAUAUUAUUUCAGUAUGUUUUGAUGGAUUAGAAAAAAUAGUGGCACUCAACAUGCUUUUUGCAAUUGUUGUUUUUUAAAUCCCUAUUUAGUUGUUAAAGUUAUAACCUGGCUAAGAGAAGAGGUCCUAUUUGAUGUUGGAUAAUUGCUUUACUUUAAAAAUUAAAGCAAUUUCUUGUUAUAUAAAAUUAAUAUUUUCUAAUGCAAAUAAUUUGUGUUUAUUUUUAAUUAUGAAUGACAAAAAAUUAUUAGUUUUUUUAAAUAGAUAUAUACUAUAGUGAUAUAUGGCUAAUUUGAGAUUUGGUUGUACUUAGUUAGUCAUGUUCAGUUUGUACAAAUUGUAUUUAAAGUUAAAUUUAAUAUAUGUAGGGUUCAAACUCUAAAAACAUGAACAGUCACACAAUAAAACAU